AUGGAGAUAAAAAGGUCGGAUGAGGAGGACCGAAAUGCCUGGACUCAGGACGAUGAUGCGUGGAACGCUUUCGGCAAAAGAACCAAGAUUAGAAGGCCGCAAGAAGACGAGGACGAUGGAGAGAAUGCUUAUCUCGAAGGUGAAGCGGCAUUUCAGCGCUACAUAGAGUGCCUACAAUGGCUCCUCUGUACCCAAGCCCGCUGGCUGGUCCACGAGAAAGGCAUGCCAGCCGACCUUGAGGUCGUCAUCCGCGACCUCUGGCACAUCCGCCUCCGCACCCUCUCGUGGACGCAAAACCGCGACAACACGACGCCCAUCCGCGCGCUCGACACCCUCGUCCUCUGCUACUUCGGCCUAGUCAUCCUCCAGCUCCCUACGUCUCUGCACGACCUCUACUCCUGGCUCUCCUUCGCCCCUUCCUCCCUGCAACCCGCACCAGCACCAGCACCAUCAUCAACCACCACCACCACCACCACCACCACCACCACCACCACCACCACCCCUUCCGCCGCCGCCGCCGCCGCCACCGAACCCACCACCAACAACCCCCCCACCACCAACAACCCCCCCACCUCCAACAAAAUCGACCACCUCCUCUACUACCUCGCCCGCGACCGCGCACCCCCCUACCUCCUCCACCGCCUGCCGGGGCCCUACCUCAACGCCCUCAUGCCUGCCCUGCUCACCCCGGCCCGCCUGCAAACCGGCAUCCACACCCUCGCCCGCCUCUUCCGCGUCGACCUGGGCGUCAGCUUCCCGCCGCUCAACUUCGCCCCGCUCGCCUACCGCGCCUACGUCGACGCCCUGGCACUCCCGCUCGAGGCGCUGCCCGUCGUCGAGAAGCUGGCGCGCGGCGCCGCCGUCGCGUGGACGUUUGUGCCACCGCCCGGUAGUAGUAAUAGUAGUAGCGAAGGAAAGGGGAGGGGGAGUAUCAGCAAGAUGAAGAAGGUCGACGCGCGCUGCUGGCUGCCGGAAGCGCAGUUGGCGGCGCUGGUCGUCUUGGCGAUGGAGACGCUGUGUCCGCUGCACGACAUCGAGGGAGAUGGAGAAGUGGAGGGGUUGGCGGCGGCGGCGAGGACGAAGAAGAAGGUGCCGGCGUUUGAGUGGGAUGGCUGGGUAAGGGAGCGCGAGCGCGCCGCCGUUGCUGCGGUAGCGGAGCAGGGGGUGGCGACGGCUAACGCAGUUGGACGUGCGAAUGGGGGUGGUGAUGAUGGGGAUGAGUAUUUGAGCGCGGCGGAGAAGAUGCUGCAAGGGCACGACGCGGAUGACUUGGAGCAGCUUCCCAAAGCGCCAAAAUCUCUGGGUGAAGCGGAUGGAGCACAUACGGAUGAGGAUGACGACGAGGGGGAGGCGGAUAUGCUGGAGGGGAAUGAGAGGAUUUUCUACGAGGUUGUCGCGAAGCAGGCCGUUAUGCCCGUCUCGCUGCUGGUGAAGACUGUGAGAUUGGUUGAGAUGAGGUUGGAGGAGUCGGCAAAAAGGAUAAAGGAGGUAAAGAAAAGGUCCGGUAGGGUGAGAUAA